GGGAUUGGAGUAGUGUACACAAGGUCUUGGAGACAGGUGAUUAUUGUGUACACACCACUGUAACUAAUUCAAUAGUAUCGAUUGAUUGGGGGUAAAUGGGCUGGAUACGCUACUAAAGAUGAACGCUACUAAAGAUAAGUUUGAAGUUGACCCCUUUCUGUGCACGUGUGGCCCCUGUAAACGCUUCUGGAAGGACAACUUUGAUAAGAAUGGGGCCAUAUUGCUGGAGCAGCCAGUGCCCUGUAGAGCUACAGAUACGUCAACAUUGUACAAACAAUAUCAUGAAAAUAACUUAUUCAACAUAGGAGACAGGGUUAUUGUAUGGGGGAAAUAUAGAGGUGUAGUAAAAUUUAUUGGUCUUCUUGAUGUAAAUGCCAUAGCUCCAGAGACGUAUGUAGGGGUGCACUUAGAUGACCACAUUGGCUCAGUUCACAAUGGGGUAUAUGAUGGCAAGCGGUAUUUCCACUGCCCGCGGGGACAUGGUGCCUUUGUUCCCUAUGGUGACUGCCGACCCAUCCAGGGCCCUGAGCCACGCCCACCUGUCACUGGCAAUGACAUGUUUCCAAGCUAUGAAGAGGUUAAAAAAAGUAGGAAGUUAAAAAAGGAAAGAGAAUUAGAAGCAGAACGGAUCAAAGCAGAGGAAUCCUCACGGUAUGGCGUAACAGACCCUAAAUUACUUGCCAGAAGACGAGCUGCUAAACGGAUCAUAUUUGAUCCUAAUGACAUAACAGUCAGGUCGGCUGCUUUGGAUGCAAAAAGACGAGAGGCUGCAGAAACAAGGAGAAGACAAAUCCUGGCUGCGCAGCCUCGCCUCACAGCUAAUGAAAAGAAACUUUUAAAAUGGAAGGAGGAAUUUGGGGGCGACACGCGUGCAGAGUACAUGGUCAAAACUUUAGAGAAACUCAUGAAUGCUCACGAGGACGGAAAACAGGCCUUGGAGGAUGAAAGGAUCGCCAGAGAGAGGGCAGAAAUGGGCUACAGUGACGAUGAAUCGGAUUACGAUGAUGCAUCCACACAGGUUUGAUGCAUGUGAUGGAGGGGAGCUGGCCCAGACAUUGACUGCAGAAACACACUUUAAAAUGGGAAAAAAAACUAAACAGAAAAGAAAUACAUGAUCUUCUCUUUGUGGUUUAACCAUUGAUAUGAAAACAGUAACUGCACUCAUUCCAGCAUGUUACACUGGUGCCACUAGCUGUAGUAAAAUAAGUAUGAAACAUGCUGAAACUUAAUCAUAAAUGAAAAUUAUUAAACACAAGCUGAAAAUCUUUCAUACCGUUAACAUUUAUGCUGAAAUUUGUUUCAAAUGUAACAGUUAUAACAUCCAUACUGUUUAAUUUUUGAUUUUUGGAGCUAUUAGUGUAAAACAAAAGCCAUGCCAGCAAUAACCUCAAAGAAUACAUAAGCAGGUGCCAUUGAUAAAAUUGAUUUAUCAACAGGUUUUAUGGAAAAAUUUCAAGUACAUACAUGUGACAGUUUGGGAUGGCUGUGUGAGCUCCUACCAUGACAUAUACUUGUCCUUGUGAAAAAAGCAGUCAUGAUUGUUUUUGUUUAAAUAUCAGUCACAAUUAUGAGAAAAUACAGAAAAUUGGUUUAAAACAGAGUGCAUGGGAAGUACGCAUGCCAGAUAAAAUUCACAAGGAAUUGCACCCUUUUUAGUUUUCAUGUUUAUGCAUUAAUUGGACCAUAUGCUUUCCUUUUUACAGUAUUCAAGAAAUACCAUUUUUUAAAAAAUCAUGCCAUGAGAUAGGGUUUUAAUGUUUGAAUCUCAUUAUUAUAAAGCAGUAUUAAAUUCUAAAAUAUUUUUUCUGAUAUCAUAGAUAGAAAGGAAAGAGAGGAGACCCCUUCCAUUUGUAUGUCACCAUCUUUACUAUGAAAUAGAUCACUUUUAUAUAUUAAAUCAAGGUGAUGUUUAACAUUUUUUAGCCAGAAAAAAUAACAGAGUUGAUGUUUUUUAGCAAGUUAUACUUAUUGAAUCCAAUGUUCUUCAUACAGAAAAUUUUUAUCAUCAAAGUUUUUCUAUUUUAAGUAUUUAUAGAUUUGCUCUGAAAUGUUACCGAAUUGAAGGACUGACUUAAACAUCUCGGGGCUGGUUCCUGUCUUUUAGCCUACAGGAUACAUAAGUUAAGACUUAGCAUUCUGGCAUGCCAGAAUAAAUGGUAUUUUUUAUGCUCUGUUGUGACAUAUAUAACUUUAUAUGCUUCGUUCAUUCCUGUGUCCCAUUGUAGCAAUAGUGACCCUCCCCUCACAGUCAAAUGAUGGUCACAAAAUACAUUUUAGGAAUCAUUUUUAAUUCAUAUUUUCAUGUGUGAAAGCAAAAAGUACAUCACUUUUGAACAUUGAAAAUGCAUUUUGUAAGAAAAGUUGAUGUGUUAGGAUAAAAUUGGCAAAUGAAACCAGCAUGCAUGAGACACUUUCAUUUUUCUUUUCAAGGAGUGUUUUCACCAUACAUUGUGAAUGAAUACAUACAUUGUAAUAAAUCACCCUAUGUCUGAA